ACAGUGUUUUUUUGGAGAUAAUACUACUGUUAUUUUUUUUUAAGAAUACCAUUUCUUUUAGGGUACUCUUUUUUCCACAUUUAGCUAAGCAUUUCACAUUUGAGUCUCGGAUUCUCUUUCUUCACUCUCUGCUAUUUUGUCAGUUUUCGGGUUCAGUGUAUCACUGGCUUAGUUUAGUCUGGCAUUGCUUUGAGGUUGUUCUUCUGGGUAUUUUUUAUUUCGUCGGUUUAUGGAUGUGAGAAUCUGAACUCACGGCGGUUCUCCUUGGGACUUUUGGAUCCGAGGGAUUUUUUUUCUUUUUGUUGCAAAUGGGUAUCUGAACUUGUCCCUGGUUUUGGAUUUUACGGAUUCUAAACCUUCUUUUAAGGAACAAGAUUAAAUGGAGCAGGGUAUGGAAAUGGGACAUUGAUCAAUCACUGGAUAAAUUAAACAGCAAUGUCAAGGGUCACUAGAUGGAAGCUUGAGAAAACAAAAGUGAAAGUUGUUUUCAGGCUACAAUUCCAUGCCACACAUAUCCCACAAACUGGAUGGGAUAAGUUGUUUAUUUCAUUCAUUCCCGCCGAUUCUGCGAAGGCAACAGCCAAGACAACAAAAGCAAAUGUGAGGAGUGGCACCUGUAAAUGGGGAGACCCAAUCUAUGAAACCACAAGACUUCUCCAUGAUAUUAAGACAAAGCAAUAUGAUGAUAAGUUUUAUAAACUUUUGGUGGCAAUGGGUUCAUCACGGUCUAGUGUCCUUGGUGAGGCUAACAUCAACCUUGCUCAUUAUGCUGAUGCAUCAAAGCCCUCCUCUGUUGCACUGCCUCUUCAGGGAUGCGACUCUGGAACUAUUCUACAUGUCACUGUACAGCUGUUAACUUCUAAAACGGGUUUCAGAGAGUUUGAGCUUCAGAGGGAGCUUCGAGAAAGGGGUCUCCCUGAUGAAUCUGUGGCUAGAAAAAUAUCAUCUGUUGAAGAUACAAUCAAUGAUCAGACGGACAAGGUCAAUUCAAAAGCUCGAUUUAAAGAAGAAUUGCCUCCCCUUGAAGAAGAGGUGGGCCUCAGUGAAGAGUAUGCUGACUCAGCUGUUGGCUUUGAUGGUUCUUCGAGUACUUCAGAAAGUUUAUAUGCUGAUAAACAUGAUACAUCCAGCACACAUGAAGUUGACAGCCUUAAAAGUACAAUCCCUGGUGACAUAGUUGGGCCAAGUCAAAGUCUACAGCCAGAAAAAGGAGAUCCCUCUAACGUUCAGUUUCUGCCUCCUGGAAGUAAUGAUUGGGCUCAUGGCUGGGGUGCUGACUAUUCUGCUGAUAAUGACUUGGCAAAUGCAUACGAGGAGAAUAGUAGACUUCGAAGAAGCUUGGAAAUAGCUGAGUCGUCUAUUCUUGAGCUUAAGCUGGAGGUGAGUUCCUUACAAAGUCAUGCUGAUGAAAUAGGCAUUGAAGCCCAAAAAUUUUCUCAGCUACUUGCUACUGAAAUGGCCUCAGGAGAACAAUUAGCAAAAGAAAUUUAUGUACUGAGAUCAGAGUGUUCAAGUUUCAAGGCUGAUCUUGGACAGUUAAAAAAUUCCAAACUAUACACUCCAUUUACCGUAAGAGAAACUAAAAAGACAGACCAGGAUGCCUCCUUCCAAGAGUUGCCACUCAGGUGGGUCAAGGGGCUUCUGGAACUGGAGGAUAAGUUAAAAGACGUUCGAAGCAAGGCAUGUUUUGGAUUCCAAGAAAGGGAAGUUGGGUCCUUCAGUGCAGAUAUAGAAGCAUUGCUGGGUGUUGUGGAGGGUCUUAAACAAGGAACUAGACAGACAAUUUCAACGCUGAACUUGGCGAAUGUAAAGGAUAUCAGAGAAAUGAAUUUACACAAGGGUCAGCAACAAUUACCAGGAAGCAGGUUUAGUGCUGAGUUUUACCAGCCAGAAGGUCUGCUUCAUUGUGUGGACGUACCUGCCCUGGUAUCUCAAGAAGCUGAUUCUGCAGAUGCUAACAGUGCAAUUAAGGGGAAAAUGUUUGAACUUAUCAAGGAGUUGGGUGAAUCGAAAGCUGAACGUGAAGGCCUUGCAAGAAAAAUGGAUCAGAUGGAGUGCUACUAUGAAGCUCUUGUUCAGGAACUUGAGGAAACUCAGAGGCAGAUGAUGGGUGAGUUGCAGAAUAUCAGAAAUGAGCAUACAACUUGCCUCUACACACUUUCAGCUACAAAAGCUGAGAUGGAAAACAUACAGCAAGACAUGGAUAAGAAAAUAACAAGAUUUACUGAAGAGAAGUGUGACUUGGAGACUCUCAACAAAGAUCUUGAAAGAAGGGCUGUUACUGCAGAAGCAUCACUGAAGAGGGCUCGCUUGAAUUACUCUAUUGCAGUAAACCAGUUACAGAAGGAUCUUGAAUUGCUCUCUUUCCAGGUUCUCUCCAUGUAUGAAACAAAUGAUAAUCUCAUUAAGCAAGCGUUUUCAGAUUCUUCAACACCAAGCGUUCUGGAACCCAAAUCAAUAGAGAAUAAAAAGUUGGACUCAAAGGAACUUCAAUCCACGAAACUCUCUCAGUCCCUGCAUCAAUUUGAUGCGGUGAAGAAACAAGAUUUAGAUGGAGACAUUAUAUCGGACUUGAGAAGAUCUCUUCUCUUGCAGAAGGACCUUUAUCGAAAAGUUGAAGAAGAAGUUGGUGAGGCUCAUUUGGUGAAUGCAUACUUGGACAUUUUCUCAAAGACUCUACAAGAAACUUUACUUGAGGCAAGUGCUGAUUACAGAUUGCUCAAAAAGAAAGCUGACAAACUUACACAGCAGCUGGAGGUUUCAACUGAAUCUAAGGGGAUGCUGAGGCAGAGGCUUCAAAGUGUUAUGGAUGAGGUUCAACAUUUGAAUGAAUACAAGAAUACAUGUGAUGCAAAAUGCAAUGACAUGGCUCUGCAGAACCAAAUUUUAGAAACCAAUUUUCAAAAGGUCACUGAAGAAAAUGUUUUUCUUUCCCAAAAGAUUAUUGAAUGUGAGAGACUGCUAAAAGAUUUGGAAAGUUAUGAGAACAAAUUCCAAGCAUGCUCUAUAGAAAAAUUAGAGUUGGAAAAUUUGUUGAAAAUGGAAGGGCUUGAAAAUGAAAAUCUUAAAAACAAAAUUUUUUCUUUGCAAGACGAGUUGAAAGCUGUGAAGACAGAACUCGAUGAGCUAGCUUCUGCAAAGGUUGGUGAAGAAAACUCUCUUCUUUCUGAAAAGAUUGCUGAAUGUGAAACACUGACGAAAGAUUUGGAAAGUUGCAAGAGAAAUUUCCAAGCAUCCUCCAUUGAAAAGUUAGAGUUGGAAGAGUUGUUGAAAAAGAAAGUGCUAGAGAAUGGAGAUCUUACCGGUGAAAUUUCCUCUCUGCAGGAAGAGAUGAAAGCUGUCAGAACUGAACUUGAUAAGCUUGCUUCAGCAUCCUCCCUCGAAAAGUUAGAGUUGGAAAAUUUGUUGAAAAAGGAAGUGCUAGAGAAUGAAAAUCUUAGAGAUGAAGUUUCCUCUUUGCAGGGAGAGAUGAAAGCUGUCAGAACUGAACUUGAUAAGCUAGCUUCAGCAAAGAUCGGUGAAGAGAAUUUUCUUCUUUCUGAAAAGAUUGCCGAAUGUGAAACACUGACGAAAGAUUUGGGAAGUUGCGAGAGCAAAUUCCAAGCUUGUUCCUUUAAAAAGUUAGAGUUAGAAAAUUUGUUGGAAAAGGAAGCGUUAGAAAAUGCAAAUUUACAACAUAAAAUUUCCUCUAUGCAGGAUGAGGUGAAAACUGUCACAACUGAUUUUGAAGAGCUAUCCUUUGCAAAGGAGGAUUUGCAGAGUACUGUAAACUUUCUUCAUGAUAAGCUGCGGAAUCUGCUGGCAUUUUAUGAUGAAAAGUAUAAUGGCUUGAACGUUUUCAGUGAAUGUGUUUGUCAGGGAUUAGAGCCCAAAGAUUUGAAAGGUACUGUGAUGAGAUUAGAAGAGCUACAGCACAUUGCCUGCAAGAAGAUUUUCCUGCUGAUUGAAGAGAAGCAAGAUCUAGUACGUGAGAGAGAUGUGGCUCAAAUGUCCUUAAAUGCAGCAAAGUCAGACAUUAUUGUAAUGAAACGAAAAUUCGAAGAUGAUGCACAGAAUGUAAUGGGAAAACUGGAGGUGUCUAGUAUCAUGAUGUGUAAGCUUCAGUCUGAAGUUGAGGCUAUUGCUAACAGAUUGAAGCUUAGCUCUGAAGCUGAAGAAAAUUACGAACAGCAUCACAGAGAACUUCUGUCUGCAUUUGAUGAUUUGGAAGCUGAGCUGCAGCAUCUGACUUCUAAAAACAAAGAUCUUGCUCAAGAAAUAAUGGCUUUGCAGAGUGUAAGUGAAGAGCUCGGAAGGUAUAAACAGGAAAUAGCAGCUGUAUCAGAGGAAAGAAAAGUUCAGUUGGUGACCUUAAAGGAUAAGAAUGAAGAAUCUGCGAAGCUAGAACUUGAGCUUAAUAAUAUGAGAUCAAAUUUGCAAUCACUCCAUGAUGAGUUGCAUGCUGAAAGAAGCAUUAGAAGUAAGUUCGAUAGCAGAGUAACUGAUCUUACUUCUCAAUUGAAUGAAAAAGACCAAGAGCUGCUGACUUUUGAUCAACAGAAGGCUGAGUUGGUUCACCUGAAACAAUCUGUGAAAGAUUUAGAACUAGAGAAGGCAAGUAUCUUUCGUACUUUGUCGGAUUCUAAACAAAGUCUAAAAGCAGCUGGUGAACACUUUUCUAAUAUAUCUUGUUUGGAAGCACAAUUUUCUGAAAUGCACGAGUUAUCAAUAGCAACAGAUGUGAGACUUACUUUCACAAAAUCUCAAUACGAGUCCUGCUUUGAGGAGCUUCAGAAUAAGUAUGUUAGUGUAGAGAGUAUGCUUAAUCAUUGUCUUUCUACUAAGGCUCAUUACAUUGAGGAGAACACUAAAUUAAUGACAAGUCUUGAGUCCCUUAGGUCUGAGUUGGAUGCUUCCACUGCUCAAAAUAGAAUGCUUCUUGAUACAAAUAGCAACAUAAGAAUUGAAUUUGAUGAACUCAAGAAAAGAGCUGAAGAUGCAGAGGAUGAUUCAAGAAAGCAUGCUCUUGAAAUUGAAAGGCUGGGGGGUAUGUUGGUGAAAUCUGAUGAAGAGAUUGAUGACCUGAUAUUCAUCAAGGAAGAACUAGAAGUCAAACUUUUGGUCCUCAAAUUGAAAUUGGACGAACAACAACCUCAGAUGGCCUUGGUGGAGGAGUAUAAGCAUGAACUGAGAAUACUGCAAAAUAAGUACAAUGAGAUUAGCCAAAAGCUCUCUGAACAGGUUUUGAAGACUGAAGAGUUUAAGAAUUUGUCAGUCCAUUUGAAGGAGCUUAAAGACAAGGCUGAUGCAGAGUGUCUUCAGGCUCGUGAAAAAAGAGAACCAGAAGGACCACCACUUGCUGUGCAAGAGUCCUUGAGGAUUGCAUUUAUCAAAGAACAGUAUGAAACCAAGCUGCAAGAAAUGAAACAGCAACUUUCAAUCUCCAAAAAGCAUAGCGAAGAAAUGCUGUGGAAAUUACAAGAUGCAAUCAAUGAUGUUGAAGAUCGGAAGAAAUCUGAAGCUUCUCAUUUAAAAAGAAAUGAAGAGCUUGGAAUGAGAAUCUUGGAAUUGGAGACCGAUUUGCAUUCUGCCCUUUCUGAAAAGCGUGAAAUAAUGAGGGCAUAUGAUUUAACAAAGGCUGAAAAAGAAUGCUCCCUGAUAAGCCUUGAAUGCUGCAAGGAAGAAAAAAAAGAGCUUGAGGCCACAUUGCGUAAAUGCAGUGAAGAAAAAUCUAAGAUUUCUGUGGAGCUCACCUCAAUGAAAGAAUUUCUUCAGAGCUCUGCAUUCCAAGUGAAUAAUCAGAGUAGAGACAGUGAGGGAUUACGCAAAGCAGAUUGUGUGUCUGAUGAACUAGUCAACGUAAUACUUCCUGAGAAAAUUCCAGUUUCCAGCAGUUCAACUGAAUCAUUAGCUAAUAUUUCAGACCAAAAUAUUUCAAAUGAUUGUCAAGAAGUUGGGCCUGCUUUUUUCACUCCCACCAUUGAUGAAGAUGAUCAUUCGAAGGCAGUCAUCAAUCUGCAAAAAAAGCAGGAUGCUCUUACAUCUCGGUCUGUAGGUCAAGAGGAUGUGCUACAAAAAGACACAGAGCAUUUAGCUGUUAUGAAUGACCAUUUCAAAACCCAAAGUUUAAAAUCUAGCAUGGAACAUUUAAACAAGGAGUUGGAAAAGAUGAAACGUGAAAAUUUGCUUUUGUCCCAAGAUGAUGAUCAAUUUGAUCCAAAUUCUACUGGUUUACAAAGAGAGCUGAUGCAAUUACAAAAGGUAAAUGAAGAACUGGGAACCAAAUUUCCUUUGUUUAAUGAAUUUUCUUGCAAUGGCAAUGCAUUGGAGAGGGUACUGGCUUUGGAAAUUGAGCUCGCAGAGUCCUUGCAAGCAAAGAAGUCACGUGUUCAAUUUCAGAGUUCCUUCUUGAAACAGCAUGGCGAUGAGGAAGCAGUAUUUAAAAGCUUUAGGGACAUCAAUGAGCUGAUUAAAGACAUGUUGGAAAUCAAGCGAAGAUAUGUGACAGUGGAGACCGAAUUAAAGGACAUGCAUGACCGAUACUCUCAACUCAGUCUUCAAUUCGCAGAGGUCGAAGGAGAGAGACAGAAGCUCAUGAUGACUCUCAAGAAUGUCCGGGCAUCCAAGAAAGUACCGUAUUUAAAUCGCUCCUCGACAGCCCCUCUUGGAGGUCCAUUCACAUAGCAACUGUAACAGUUGCUGAAGUUUUCCUCAUUUGCGGAGUAUCCAGAAUAGCCCUUUACUGGGCUGAGAAGAUUUAGUACUUCAACAGUGCUUUGCUGCAUUAUGUAAUUAUGUAGAUCGGCAGUGAAUGUUCAUGGGCAGCUAAAGGUAGUGGGAGGGUCAACUUUUGAAAUGAAAAAAGCUGAGGAGCGGUUUAUGUGUAAAUAAAAAACAUCAGUUGGUUCAUGUCACUGCUUUAUAGGACCAUAAGUACAAGUCCAUAAAAUGUGCAACUCUAAUUUUCUCCUCUCCUUUAUGGGAAGAAGGCUUGGAUUUCUGGUCAUCUUGGUGGUGUAAUUCCUUCUACUGUAUAGAUACCAUUUUUCUCAAUAGACAUUAGUAAUUCUAUUUAAAUAUCUUCAAGAAGGAUGGAAACGUUUCUCCAAUUUUCCUCUCCACAUUUUAUUGCUCUGCAUUUUGUUCAUUUAUUUCUUCUUUUUUUUUUCUUUUGUGAAGAAUAUGAUGUGAUUGAAGAACUUUCUGCUGCUCAUUCUCUGAGGAGAAAAUGAUAUGGUGAUUGUGAUUCUAUGUCUUAUUGAAUUUGUAGAAAUGGCUAAAUUUUGAAUAAAAACUUCCUAUGCUUGUAAUUUGCCUA